AAUAAGCAUGACUCGGAUAUUAGUGAUGAGGGGACGAAAAAAGAAGGGAAAGCAAAGUGUUUGCCAACGCCCAUGUGUGGGUUGGAUGCCAUGGCUCUAAAUUAAUUAAAAGGAAAACCGUCAUACCCUCUCGUUCUUCUCCUCUCCUGUCGUUUGUUCUUCUCCGUUUCAUCUCGUUCCUGUCUUCCUCCUGCUCCCCUUCGUUCCCUUGCCGGUGGGCAUCAAACACACCUCGUGCGAUUCGAUCGCACUGCCAUUCAUUCAAUAAUCGUCACUCUUUUCUUUCUUGUGGGGAACAGUUGGAUAUUCGACAACGCCGUUGUAGGGUUUGAUCUCUCCAUUUAGAUCCCUCUGUUACCUUUUAUCACAUUCGGGAGAGAUCCUUGACCCGCAACUUGACCCGAGUCGCUCCGCUCAUUGCAACCAAGAUCUCUGAGGAGUGGUGACCCUCGACAACACAGCCUGCCAUCAUGUCACUCUUUCAUGUACUGGCGCUGCUGGUAGCCAGUCUUAGUCUUGUUACCGCUCAGACUUUCAGCAACUGUAACCCACUCAAUACAACAUGUCCUGCAGACGCAGCCUUAGGUACCAAUCAUACCUGGUACUUCAACUCUACCCUCGACGACACGAUCUGGAAUGUCACCAACGGCAAUAUUGGCAUCACCGAUGAGGGUGCGGAAUUCUCCAUCGCUCAAAAGAUGGAUUCGCCCACUAUGCAAUCUAACUUCUUCAUCUUCUUUGGCAUUGUCGAGUCCCAUGUCAAGAUGGCCAAGGGUGGUGGUGUAGUGAGCAGUGUGGUGCUCCAAUCGGAUGACUUGGACGAGAUCGACUGGGAGUGGGUGGGAUAUAACACCAGUGAGGUACAGUCCAACUAUUUCGGCAAGGGCAACAACACGUCUUUCGACCGGGGUGGCUUCCACUACGUUCCUAAUGCCGACACGGAAUUCCAUAACUAUACCACCUACUGGACGAGCGAAAAGGUCGAGUGGUGGAUUGACCAGCAAUUGGUCCGCACGCUGAAGUAUGAAGAUGCUGUGGGUGGCAAGAACUUCCCCCAGACCCCCAGCAACAUCCGCUUUGGAAUCUGGCCUGCCGGCGAUCCCAGUCAGCCUCAUGGUACCAUUGUAUGGGCAGGUGGUGAGAUUGAUUACUCGGCUGGCCCGUACACCAUGGUAGUUGAGAAGGUUCGCGUGCAUGACUUCCACACCGGCAAGGAGUAUACGUACUCAGACCAUUCGGGAUCCUGGGAGAGCAUCAAGGUCGUGUCUGGUAAUUCGACCACCGUGGAACAGCUCAACAAGCCUCCUCCGAAGUCACUGUCCGAAAAAUGGAACGAGCUACCAAGUGGCGCAAAGGCUGGUGUCGGCAUUGGCGUAGCAGCUGUCGGAGCCAGUUGUCUUGCUGGUUUCAUCUUCUUCUGUGUGCGGCAGCGCAAGAGGGGCCGUCUCGAACAUGCCCUGAACGAUGCGAAGUGGGAUUCCGAACGGACGGAGAUGAACAACUUCCAGUCCGAGUGGAAGCAAAGCGAAUGGAAACAUAAGGGCUACCAGCCAGUCUCCUAGCCGGCUGAAGUAUCCAUUCUAAAAUGACCUCUGUGUCCAUGACGAAAACGAUGAAUUCCAACCUCUGUUCCAGGGGUGCCACCUUGUCUCUUUCUGUGGGGAUUUGUAUGAAGCUUUCUGCGUGCCCAUCACACCAACGCGGCGAAGCAAUCCAUACCAGCGCCUGCUUUGCUGGCCAAGGUCGCGCUGGAGUUGUUCUUGAACCAUA